AUGACUAAAAAGAGUUCAUCUGAUGAAGACCUUAAUGACAGAAAAGACAUCAAUGAUAUUAACAAAGACAGAGCUAAACGAAUCGUUGGUCUCACAAAAGAUCCAAAUAGUUGUCCCAUUUGUCUCCAACCUGUGUCUAACCGUUCAUUGACCGACACUUGUUUGCAUGAGUUCUGCUAUGAAUGUAUUCAUGAGUGGUCCGCUGACCACAAUCGGUGUCCAGUGUGUCGGCUGAGCUAUCGAAAUAUUAUUCACAACGUAGUGUCUGCCAAUAAAUAUGACUGCGAAACGGUUCCCGAUACUGUCGCUGAGUUGAAUGAUGAGGAGGAGGAUAAUGAGGAGGAGGAGGAUAAUGAUGAGGAGAUAAGUGAAACCAUUGCAGCACUUCUACAACAAAUCCAUUUACUCCAUUGCGUGUAUUCUGUCCGCAAUCAAAAUAUCCAACAAAGAAACAAAGCUAUCAAUGAUUUGAAUGCCAUCAACAAUGAGAUCAUUGGUGUGGACGACAGUAAGCGGCAAUCUGACUUACCUUUCAUUGAAGAAUUUGAAGACAUUGUGGACUACAAUGAAACAGAUGAGUCUGUAAACAGUGAUUUACAUGAAGAAGAUUAUAAUUGUGACUAUCAAUUGCAACAAUACAUCCAAGUUUGUAGACAAAGACGCGAUCACAUCACUAGUGAAUUGCAUUACAGUGUCCAACAACGAGACAGAGCUAUCAAUCAAUUGAAUGCAAUUACAAAUGAGAUCAACGGUAUGGCCGACAGUAAGACACAUCAAUCAAGAGAAAGAUGCAAUAAAUUGAGAGAAAUGUCCGCAGACUUACAUAAGACUAUCGAUGAACUCAAUACAGAUCUCAAUUCUUUCUCUGGGAUAGACUACACCAAUCACUUACAGUUAUUGGAUCAAUGGCUCAAUAGUCGAGAUAGUGAUAUACCUCUCAAUAUAGACUUUAUAGAUAUUAAAGACUUGUUCGUACAAACCAUUGGAUCACAUGAGUCAUCGCCGUCAUCGCUAGAAUCAGUUAAAAGUAAUUCACAUGAAGAUGACAACGAUUGUGGCAAUGAAUCGGGCGAUGAAUGUGAAGAUCAUGGAUGCCAUGAAUCCUAUAGAAAAAGACAACAAACCGAUAAUUCCAACGACAACGACAACUCUUUUGGCGGACAAUCAGACAUCAAAAGAAUCCGAAAAGAAUAA